AUGUGGUGUAUUAAGGUUUUCUAUUGCGGAACUUUUUUCUUUUCUUUCUUUCUACAUUCUACAAACGUUUCAUUUCAUUCUUUCUGUCUUUCUUUCUUUCUUUCUUUCUUUUUCUUUUCUUUCAUUCCUUUUUGUCUUCCUUUCUUUCCAAACUCUAGUGACCGACGUUGUCAUACAUUCUUUCUUUUUCUUUCUUUCUUUUUCUUUCUUUCUUUCUUUCUUUUUCUUUCUUUCUUUCUACACUCUAGCGACGUUGUCAUACAUUCUUUCUUUUUCUUUCUUUCUUUCUUUCUUUCUUUUUCUUUCUUUUUUCUUUCUUUCUACACUCUAGCGACGUUGUCAUACAUUCUUCCUUUUUCUUUCUUUCUUUCUUUUUCUUUCUUUUUUCUUUCUUUCUACACUCUAGCGACGUUGUCAUACAUUCUUCCUUUUUCUUUCUUUCUUUCUUUCUUUCUUUCUUUCUAUUUAUUCUUUCUUUCUUUCUACACUUUAGCGAUGUUGUCAUACAUUCUUCCUUUUUCUUUCUUUCUUUCUUUCUUUCUUUUUCUUUCUUUCUUUCCUUCUUUCUUUCUUUCUUUCUACACUCCAGCGACGUUGUCAGACACUCUUCCUUUUUCUUUCUUUCUUUCUUUCUUUCUUUCUUUCUUUCUUUCUUUCUUUCUUUCUUUCUACACUCUACGACAUUGUCAUACAUUCUUUCUUUUUCUUUCUUUCUUUCUUUCUUUCUUUCUUCAUUCUAUCGACAUUUUCAUUCUUUCUCUUUCUUUUUACACUCUUCAUUCUAACGACAUAUUUCUUUUUUUAUUAUCAUGCUUUCUUGCUUUCUACACUCGAGCGACAUUUUCUUCUAAUCUCUCUGUAAAAUUUUUCUUUCUUUCACUCUCUUUUACGCUCUCUUUCUUUCUUUAUCUUGUUCUUUCUUUUCUUUCUUCAUGCAAUAUCACGUCUUUCCUUUACCUAAUUUCAUUCUCUUCUUUCAGUCAUUACUCCGUUCACACUUUCUUUCUAUUACUUUCUCCCUCUUUUUCAAUUUCUCUCUCUCUCUCUCUUAUUCAUUUUACUUUUUCUUUCUCCCUCCCUUUGUAUAUUUUCUUUCGUUUUUCCGUUUUGACACUCUUUCUUUCAAUCUUUAAAUUGUUCUUUUUUUCUUUCUUCUUUUCACCGUCUAUUUCUCUCUUGCUCUCUUUUAUACUUACUCUUUCCUUCGCAUUCUCCUUCUUUGUUUGUUUCUUUCUUUCUCUAUCUAUCUUUUUUCUUUCUUUUUUUCUCCCUGACUUAUUUACUUACUUUCUUUCUUUCUUUCUUUCUUUCUUUCUUUCUUUCUUUCUUUCUCCCUGA